AUGCUCUGGAACUCGCACAAUCGCCCGCUCAACCGUCUCGGCCGUCUCGGCAGCAUGCAAGUUCUCCCGUCGCGCGUACUAGCCACACUCAACAAGUGGAUACGCGGUAUCGACAUGUGCAAGCGGCGCGCAAGAACCGAGUCACGAGUCACGACUUUCAGAAGCGGUUUCUAUCGAGCUGCUGAGAUCCACGCCGUGAGCCGGACGCCGCACAUAAACUCUGUUAGUCCCGAUCUCACAGAACUCGCUUCGUCCGUCGCCGAGUCACGAGUCACGAGUCACGAGCUGCGCUGUGCACGUACGCGUCGGCUACCCACAAUCAUCCGCAGUAUUCACGAUUCUCGACAUGCACGAUUCAUCGGAGAUAUCGUCCGCCUCUUUCCAUCCCCUUACCCCUACGCUUCACUCACCAACAUCCUGCCGCCGCCCAAUGCCCUCUCUCGUCCGGUAGUACAGACUCCUCAUAAAUGUGAACAGCUGACACCUAUUGAUCACGCCCCCCGCGGCACGGCAUCAACCCACCUCGCCUUCCCCCGCAUCACCCAACUCACGCCUUCACACCUAGCCGUCUCUACCACCCAUGUAAUCGAUGCAACAAGCAAAAACGAUCGUCAGACAUUGCGCUAA